GAUGAAGAUGAAGCUCAGUCCUUACAGCUUCAUCACAGUCAAAGUGAGGAGAACAGAGGGGCGGAGCUUGUAAGUCAACACAUCACAGAAGCUGAUGGAGAGCAUUGUGAAGAUAUCAAGUCAGAACCAGACAGCAUCUUUGCUCCACUGUCAGACAUGGACCACAUGAUGUCACACUCUUCUGAUCACAGUGACCACAUCCAAAAACCUUUGGAGAGUAAAAAUGACUCUAAAGGUGAUACGAGACAUCACACUAACAACAAACACUUUGACUGCUCUGAAUGUGGGAAAUCAUUUAGAUGGAAGAGUCAUUUUACAGAACACAUGAGAAUACAUACUGGAGAGAAACCUUUUACUUGCUCUGUUUGUAAGAAUAAUUUCUUCAGAAAGGAAAAACUGAUCAGACACAUAAGAACACACACUGGAGAGAAACCUUUUACUUGCUCUGUUUGUAAGAAGAGUUUCUCCACAAAGCAUUACAUGACCAGACACAUGAGAACACAUCUUGGAGAGAAACCUUUUACUUGCUCCGUUUGUAAGAAGAGUUUCUCCAGAAAGCAUCACAUGACCAGACACAUGAGAACACACACUGGAGAGAAACAUUUUGCUUGCUCAGCUUGUGCUAAAAGAUUCAACACUAAGACUGAAAUGAUAUUACACAUGAGAACACACACAGGUGAGAAACCCUUUACUUGCUCUGUUUGUAAGAAGAGUUUCUCCAGAAAGGAACACAUGACCACACACAUGAGAACACACACUGGAGAGAAACCUUUUGCUUGCUCAGCUUGUGCUAAAAUAUUCAACACUAAGAAUGAAAUUAUAUUACACAUGAGAACACACACAGGUGAUAAACCCUUUACUUGCUCUGUUUGUAAGAAGAGUUUCUCCAGAAAGCAAAUGAUGACCAUACACAUGAGAACACACACUGGAGAGAAACCUUUUACUUGCUCUGUUUGUAAGAAGAGUUUCUCCACAAAUACAAACUUGACCACACACAUGAGAACACACACUGGAGAGAAACCUUUUACUUGCUCUGUUUGUAAGAAGAGUUUCUCCAGAAAGCAAAUCAUGACCAAGCACAUGAGAACACACACUGGAGAGAAACCUUUUGCUUGCUCAGCUUGUGCUAAAAGAUUCAACACUAAGAAUGGCAUGAUAUUACACAUGAGAACAAACACUGGAGAGAAACCUUUUACUUGCUCAGUGUUAGUAUAA